GCAAACGAUUUAGAAAGUAUUAUUUGGGAAAAUUUAUUUCUCCAAGCUGAUGAUGGUAUUUAUCUUCAACGAACUGGUAAUCCCACUGCCAAUAAUCCUUCUUGGAGCACUGUGAGCGCGUUGUAUUUGGGUGGUAUCAAAAACGGGCCGCUUAUUCCCGACAAUUCAGAUCGUAUUCCUUCUAUAACAAAUGAAAGUAGUCUGAUUGUCGUUAAUUCCGAUGAAAAAUUAAUAUUUGAAUCUCUAAAAUAA